AUGGCAACGAACGCAAAAGGUUACGCAGCGCCGUCAGCAAAGGCCCCCCUCGCACCCUUCAGCUUCCAGCGACGUGCUGUUGGGGCCGAUGAUGUGAGCAUCAAGAUUUUGUUCUGCGGCGUGUGCCACAGCGACAUCCACCAGGCGCGCGAUGAGUGGGGUGGGUCCCUGUUUCCGAUGGUGCCUGGACACGAGAUUGUCGGUCAUGUAACGUCGGUUGGUGCAAACGUGAAGAAGUUCAAGGUGGGAGACACGGUUGGUGUGGGCUGCAUGGUGGACUCAUGUGAAAGGUGUGUGGAGUGCAAGAGGGGCCUUGAGCAGUUCUGCGUGGAAGGAACGACCUCGACGUACAACUCACGGGCACGCGUCAGCGGCGAACCCACGUAUGGUGGGUACUCUGACCACAUUGUGGUAAAGGAGAGCUUUGUGCUGCUCAUCCCCUCCAACCUUGAUCUUGCCGCGACCGCCCCACUGCUGUGUGCCGGUAUCACGACUUACUCACCCCUGCGGCACUGGGGCACGAAAGCGGGGACGAGGGUGGGUGUUGUGGGGCUUGGCGGCCUCGGCCACAUGGCAGUGAAGAUCGCCAAGGCGAUGGGUGCGGAGGUCACUGUUUUUACAACGAGUGAGGGCAAGCGGGAGGCAGCCAGGAUGCUCGGCGCGGACCACGUCGUCAUCUCGAAGGACCCGGGGCAGAUGAGGGCGGUUAAGAACACGCUCAAUCUUAUUAUUGACACCGUUGGAAACACGCACGACUUGUCGCCGUACAUUCUCGCCCUCACGACGGAUGGUGUGCACAUACUGGUCGGUCUGCCGGAGAACCCGCACCCGCCGGUAUCACCCUUUUUGCUACUGAAGGGGCGCAAGUCAAUCGGCGCUUCACUCAUCGGAGGCAUUCCCGAAACACAAGAGAUGCUUGACUUCUGUGGCAGACACGGCAUCGUAUCGGAUAUUGAACUAAUCAGCAUCGAUUAUAUUAAUACAGCAUACGAACGUGUGAUGAAAAGUGAUGUGAGGUAUCGCUUUGUCAUUGACAUGGCCACACUUGGACAAUGA